AUGGGUGUCUACGCUUCUCAUCUUCCGCCGGCCGCGGCCACGUACCCCGCUGCGCCGCUGAGCGUCCUGAACGCCACGCUCGGCGGGCGUGUGCAUGCAGCGGUGCCGUUCGCGCGUCCGUGCUUCUCGCUGGCUUCUCCGGGCGUCCUCGGCCACCCCGAUACCGCUGCGUGCGCGCACGUGAUUGAGACGUAUGGAGACCGACACGCAAUUACGUCGCAGUUCGGCGCUUACUUGAAUAGCGGAGGGACAAUUUGUCAAGCAACGGGGCAGCAGUGCCUGUUGGACAGCAAUGCGCCCAACGACACCCGAGCCUUUUUCGCUCCCAACAAAUGCGAGCAAGGGAACCUGCCGAGCUACUAUAUUGACGUGCGCAGCGCGGCAGACGUCAGCGCAGCGUUUGACUUUUCCCGGCGGACGGGUGUUCCACUCUCGGUCAAGAACACCGGGCAUGACUUUCUGAGCCGCAGCGCCGGUGCGGACUCCUUGUCCCUCUGGAUGCAUAACUUCCAAGAUAUGUCAUUUAGUCCGUCGUUCGUACCGUCAGGAUGUAAAAAGGCCGGCGUUGCUGCUGUGACGUUUGGGACUGGAGUGCUAACACGCACGCUGAACGAGUUCGCGGAUGCGCACAACGUCACCAUCCCGGGGGGCGCAGAUGACUCGAUUGCCUAUGGAGGCGGGUAUGUCAUGGGUGGUGGCCAUAGCGCCUUCGCCAACGCCUUCGGACUAGCAGUCGACCGAGUGCUCCAAUUCGAAGCCGUCACGCCCGACGGCGUGCACCGGGUCGCGAACGCGUGCACGGAACCGGAUCUGUUCUUCGCGCUGCGCGGCGGGGGCGGCAGCACGUUCGCCGUCGUCCUGCGCGUGACGAUGCUAGGGCUCCCCCAGCUCGAUUCUCCAGUGGUGGUGACCGCGUUCAAGCAGAAGCCCUCUGUCGAGAUGCAGGCGAAGUACAUUGAGUUCCUUGUCAACAACGCCUUUCAACUCUCGUCAAAAGGUUGGGGAGGGUACAUUGCGCCCAACCUCGGCCUGACGUUCGUGAACCCUUUCAUAAGCAUGGACGAGGCGGCAGAGGCGAUGGGUGACCUGCGGCAGCUCGUCGAGAGCGAGCUGAACAGCACGUUCCUCCUCCAGCGCGAGACCUCGUAUCUCUCAUUCUACAACCAGUUCGUCGUGCCCACAACCCUCCCGGACGACACGCCUUCGGCGCUGGCGUCACGGCUUAUCCCCGCGUCGGUGUUCAACUCGACCUCCUCGCGCGCGGCACUGAGCGACGCGCUCGUCGCGGGUGCACAGCGGCACACGGUCACGCUCCUCUUCGCUGUCGCGCCGUACUUCUUCAAGGGCAACGACGGGCUGACGAGCGUCACCCCCGCAUGGCGCGAGGCGAUAUGGCAUGUCAUCUACAUCGAUUACUGGGCGUACAACACCACGGUAUCCGAGCGCACACAGAUCUAUCAGGGGCUGGAGGACAGUAUGGGGGUGCUGCGGCAGAUUGCGCCCAACUCGGGGGUCUACCGGAACGAGGCGUCGGUGUUUGAGCCGGACUACGCGGAGGCGUUCUGGGGCCCGAACUACGAGCGGCUGCUCGCGAUCAAGCGGAAGUACGACCCAGACCAUCUGCUCGAUUGCUGGAAGUGCGUGGGCUGGAAGGGCGCAUCGGACGCGCGGUACAAGUGCCAGCAACGUCUUGAUGAAUAGCUGGGCAUCUACAGGCCGUUGGGGCUCCGUCGGUUUUCGCGAUAUUUCAAGUUUGGGCCCGCAAGCUACAACGCCCGGGAGAGAGGCGCAGAUGGGCCGCGAAGCGCGGGAUGAUCACCGCCUGCCGCGAGUCCUCGGGAGUCCCGGGGAUCUGUCCAUCGAUGUCGUACUAGACUGAUGUUGGUGUAAUGGCACAAAAGAUCC